UGAAAAUGACCAAAAAUGAAUAGUGCAAGGGUUUCUUGUCCUGAUGUUUCUGAUUCAGUUCGUGGUCCUGAUGAGCCCAAGGUUAUUGGAGACAUCGCUGUGGAUGAUGAAAACAGCGAGAGGAACGCAGAUCCCUGCACCUCCCAAGGAUGCAAGUGGCCCAAAUCCACCAACGGACUGGUGUACGUGCCCUACGUCAUUGCCAACCACUUCACCUCCCGGGAGCUGCAGGUGAUCCAGCGUGGCCUGGACUCCUUCUCCUCCGUCUCCUGCAUCCGCUUCACACAGCGCUCCAACCAGAGGGAUUACAUCAGCAUCGAGGCUCGCAGCGGAUGUUACUCCUAUGUUGGACGUCGUGGAAAUGGCCAGACCGUCUCUCUGGACCGCAACGGCUGCAUCUACCACAACACCGUCCAGCACGAGCUGCUCCACGCUCUGGGUUUCAACCACGAACAGUGCCGCAGUGACCGCGACAACCACAUCCGUGUCGUCUGGGAGAACAUCGUUGAUAGCUACAAGUAUGCCUUUGACAAGAUCAACACUCUGAACCAGGGAACUCCCUACGAUUACAACUCCGUCAUGCAGUACCACAGAACUGCCUUUUCUAAGAACGGUCAGGCCACCAUGGUCCCCAUCCCCAACUCCAACGUGUCUUUCGGUCAGGGAACCCAGAUGAGCCAAAACGACAUUGCCAGGCUUAACAGACUCUAUGGAUGCUAAGAGAACUCCGCUCAUGAGACCUAGGAGACACCAAAGCCAAAGAAGACCAGCAGUGAAGAUAUGUGGCUGUCUAAACAGAAAUGGAGAUUUCUUGAUUUAACAUAACCAGUGAAUAUGAUCUAAAAUAAAGUCAUCUUGAUUCUGAUGAAGGAAAAUAUCAAACAGCUUUGUCUGUUGAUUCACUGUGUCAUGAGAGCUGAAUGUACACUAAGCUGCAGGACCAACAUACCUAAUAAACACAUGUCCUCAGA